ACAGGUGUUGAAGAACGUAGCAUCGCCAUCAGCCGGAGUGUUUGCGGUGGAUGUUUGUGAUAAACAUACGCCUACACACCGCCAACAGACACAAAGAGAAGAAAGCCCCGAUAAGGUGGAACGGAACACGCGAAGUUAUUAUUUAAAAAUUAUCAUUUCGACGCAGUGGAACGUUUCGCUUUUGGCAUCCGGAACGGAAUUGAUCGGUGGGCGCUACGAUCGGACUGAUCGCGAUCACACUACAGCAGUCAGUCCGUGGUCGUCAGUCGGUGCACAGUGGAUAUCGUGAGAUCAGUUGAACUUCACCGGUCGGAAGGACCAGUACCGAUUGUUUGCAGAAUGACGCCUUGGAACAGAAUCCAACGGAUAGCGGCUCAACCAUGGCUGCGGCCUUCCACGGUUUUGCUGAUCUUCACCAUCACCCUGACGGUUACAGUGGAUGCUGCCAGUCUUACGACAGAGGAACGCUCCUCCGGAACCGGUGUCGCUGAGUCUCGAACCUUUGGCCGGAUCAGACGACUUCAGGGAUUGAUCAUACCGGUGAUGUUCUUUCUCGGUGUCAUGAAGACACUGCUCGCGUUUCUGGUCGCCGUCAGCCUGAAGACACUGUUCGUCGGUGUAUCGAUCCUGAUGAUCAACGUGGGCCUAGCGUUGGCGAAGGUGAUCUUAUUCUUCAAGACCAAACACGAGCACUACGGUGGCGGAUGGUCCGGUGGUGGUGUUGAGAAGAACAUCCACGUGCACAUCCACAACGACGGCUACUCGCAUCAUGUAGCAGGUUCGCUGGCACCACCGAUCGAGUUCGAUCACUCUCCACCGGCCGCGUUGCUGCACAAUUCCGGUCCGAGUGUUUUUCCCAGCUACGGACCACCGUCGGUGGUCACAUCCUACGGCAGCCAUAACCAUCGAUCGCGUAGUGACGAUGAGACGGUCGAACCGCUUUACGUGCCGACUUCUGCGCAAACCAUAGUGGAUCGCUAUCCCAAAAUACUGAUCUCCGAUCGGGACCGCCUCAACCAGAUCUACGCUCAGUGGCGUCAGUUGAACAAAAAAGGCCGAUAAGAUAUCAGGGCAGAGGCAGAUCGAGGGCGUUCGAGUGGAUCUAGUGAAGCCAAAUAUGAAAAUACGCAAACUACGAUACGAAAAGCAGACGGAGUCCGGCUAAUGAGAGUCGUGCUCCACUGUCACGCUGUACUAUAUAAUUUAAUUUAUUCUUAUUUAUUAAAACGGGUACCCCUCAGUAGCCCACACCGAGCGAAACGUUUGGAAUUAGCACUAGCGUUUAAGAUAGAUUUCAAGGCCGAUGGCUGGCGAUUCCUUUCCUUCUCUUCCUCUCCCG